GUGCGAGGAAGUGGCUGGAGUGGAGGAAGGAGGUUGAGCUGCUCUCAGAUGUGGCCUACUUUGGCCUCACCACACUUGCAGGUAGAAGCCCCCACUGGUCCUCAGGACUGAGGGCAGCCACACACACCAAGUCCGGGGGACAGUGGCCAGGGGGCUGCCCAGCAGUGUGAGAAGCUCCUGGAGCUGGCCCGGGUGAGGCUGCCUUAGGGAAGUGCAGGAGGUGCUGCUCCGAGGGAGACGAGGCGUCAGCUCCCAGCAGGGAGCCCAUUUUUCCAGCCUUUGUGUGUCCCUGGGGACCCACCCGGGUGCCAUUGAGACCCAUUUCUCAGUGGCCAGCCCUGGUAGCAAAGUGAGUCACAGUGCUGAGCCAUGUCAUAGGGUACAGUGCCCCUGUCGGAGUGCCCUGGUGGAGCAACAGUGCUGAGCUGUGUCACAGUGUGCAGUGCUCAUGUGACAGUGCCCUGGCGGCGCAGUGGCGGGCCUGUGGCCCAGGCUGGUCGCCACCCUGGAGAGGGAGUUGUUGACGGAGGCUCUCAGGCUCCCAACCCCAGCUCAGCAUGCAGCAAGGACCACUGAGCGCCAGCCUGGUUCCCUAUGAGGGACUCCCCCUGGGCAUCCUGCCGCCAUGGAGAGCGUGCUCGGCUACCAGACCCUGGGGGAGGAGUACGUCAGCAUCGUCCAGGUGGACCCGUCACAGACACGUGUGCCCUCCUGGCUGCGCCGUGGCGUGCUGGUGACGCUGCAUGCCGUCCUGCCCUACCUGCUGGACAAGGUCCUGCUCCCCCUAGAGCAGGAGUUGCAGGCUGAUCCUGACAGUGGGCGGCCUUCGCAGGGGAGCCUGGUGCCAGGCGGGCGUGGCUGCUCAGGGGUGCGGCGCUGGGUGCGGCGCCACACAGCCACCCUGACUGAGCAACAGAGGAGGGCGCUGCUGCGGGCGGCCUUCGUCCUCAGACAGGGCCUCACCUGCCUCCAGCGGCUACAUGUUGCCUGGUUUUACAUCCACGGUGUCUUCUACCACCUGGCCAAGAGGCUCACGGGGAUCACGUACCUCCGUGUCCGCAGCCUGCCCGGAGAGGACCUGAGGGCCCGUGUUAGCUACAGGCUGCUGGGGGUCGUCUCGCUGCUGCACCUGGUGCUGUCCGUGGGGCUGCAGCUGUAUGGCUUCAGGCAGCGGCAGCGAGCCAGGAAGGAGUGGAGGCUGCACCGCGGCCUGUCUCACCGCAGGGGCUCCCUGGAGGAGAGAGCGGUUUCCAGAAACCCCCUGUGCACCCUGUGCCUGGAGGAGCGCAGGCACCCGACAGCCACGCCCUGCGGCCACCUGUUCUGCUGGGAGUGCAUCACCGCGUGGUGCAGCAGCAAGGCGGAGUGUCCCCUCUGCCGGGAGAAGUUCCCUCCCCAGAAGCUCAUCUACCUUCGGCACUACCGCUGAGCCGGCGCCCAGGUGGGCCUGGACACAGGACUUCUACAGAAGUCUGAACGCAAGAUUUAGUCUCAAGAUGAACCCUACUUGCACAGGAAUUAGAACAUUCUCACAGGUUUUCUAUCAUGUAAGAUACUAACCCAGCCACCCCGGGAGAGAACAGAAAGCUGUCCCUGACUGUGCUUUCUCAGCCCUGGGAGGGGCGCUAACCCCAACCUGGUAUGACUCAGCCACUUCUUCAGGAAUUUCACUUAUUUGGACAGGAUUUUAGGUUUCCCUCCCUUCCCCAAACCAUACAGUUGAGAAGUAAUUGAGAAGUAGGUCAGAAGACACUUUAUUCAUUUAUAUUGUGAGAAAAUGGUUCCAUCAGGCUUGUGUUAAGGCAAUGGACUGAAUGAGUGCAUGUUGAGUUGGGAGGGGGCACGGGGGGCUGGCGGUUUGCUUCAGCCAGUGUGGUCAGAACAGCAGCCCCAUGGCCCCCAUCGGAGGUGGUCAGGCUCACCCCCAGAGUAGCUGGGCAGAGAGAAACCAACCAAGGUCAGCACCUCCGUCUGAAGCAUUUGGCACACACCUUCAAAACACAUCAAGGCUGCUUCCAGUUUCAGAAAAUAGAAAUCUGCAUCUCGGGCCUGACAUGCACACAGAGCUCUCCUCCUGACCCAAACGCACUUGCGUGCCAGGUCCUGGGGAUUGGGGGGCUGCCGGGGCGCCCAAGCCCUCUCCUGGGGGCCCGCUGGGCAGGCGACCUGCUGACCCAGCGUCACUGCUGUGCUCAGCCCUUCAGCUCGUCCCUAGCCUAUUUCCUGCCUCCAUUUGACAUUUCCAGGUUUUCAAAAUUGCAUUUAACCUGUGCCAGAGACUUCACCGUAGGCAUCUUUAAUAAACUAACUCCACCAAAAUGUGGGCACAUUAAUAACAAGAUGGAACUUGAGAUUUCCUAAAGCGCAGUGUUAACAUGCCUCGAGGGCGUAUGCCACAUUUCCCUACUGACCUGUUGGCAAGGCCGAGGCCUGGCCAGCAGCACCAGCUUCCAGCAAAGACCCCCGCAGACCAUGUCCUGCUGUUUGACUUAGGAAUGAGGAUGACCCUGUAUUCCCGGGUUAGUCAAGGUCAGCUUACCAGGGGCUGGGGUGGGGAGGCUGUGACCCUCUAAACUGGGAGGAGCACCAAGGGAGGCACUGGGGCUGCAGCUGGGUGGGCAAAUGCCACCGUGGCUCCAUCCGUCAGCACCCAGUCCUUUGAUUCACACUGUGCUCGGGCCAAGUGCACGCGACCUCCUGUCACAUUUUAGGCCUGAGCGCUUAUUAGGAAAACAGUAUGGAAAGUGACAGACACUGCUGUCUGGAGUCUGAGAAUCCAAGUGUCUCAACACAGUACCAGAAGCACCCCCUGGGAGCAGCCCUUGCUAUCCUGGGCCAGGGACCCACAAGCUUGAAUGUGGCCUCUUAAGAGAGGAGCUCAAUGUCGGAUAUGCAAAUACUGGCACAAGAAAAUCCAGACAAUCAUCUUUCACCGUGUAAAUUCUAAGACAGGACACACCGCCCAGAGUGAGGAGCCUGAGCAGCCCGGGACCCAGGAGAGGCCUUCCCUUGCAUCUGUGUCUCGUCUGGGACCGCAGCUAUGAUGUUCUGCUGUUGGCAAAAUGGGUUCACCUUUUGGAAAGGCCAAACGAAAGUUGGGCUUUCUUGUGUCCAGCGACUGUCGUGUUUUAGAUAAGACCUUAAUAAAGGUGGAGUUAAAAAUCA